AUGCUGUCCUCGACGAUUAAGAACUCGGUGCGCAAGGCCGCGGUGGCCCCUACGCUUACGCGUGGUAUGGCUGCGGCCGCUUCGUCCACGAAGGAGGUGGAAGAAAUUGGUGGCUUUGGCCAGAUGGCGCAGCCGAAGCUGCAGCUCUUUGGCCUGCACGCCCGCUACGCCAACGCCCUAUACAGUGUGGCUGCCAAGCAGAAUCAGCUCGAGUCCGUGGAGAAGGAGCUCUUGACCAUUGAGGAGACAAUUACCAAAGAGCCCAACUUUGCUUCGUUCCUGCACGACCCCACGAUUGCCCGUGCCUCGAAGAAGGAGGAUAUUGCCAAGGUCAUGGAGAAGGCUAAGUUCUCCAAGCCCGUGGCUGGACUCUUCGAGGUGCUCGCCGACAACGGCCGUCUUCCGGACGCUGCUGGCGUUAUCGCUGCCUACAAGAAGCUCAUGGGUGCCUACCGCGGUGAGGUGCAAGCCAAGGUCACGUCGGCUGACCCUUUGACCAAGGCCCAGCUGGACCAGGUGAAGAAGGCUCUCGGUGCUCGUGUGGAGAAGAACGAGAAGCUGCUGUUGGAAACGGUCGUGGACCCGGAGAUUUUGGGCGGCCUCAAGGUGCAGAUCGGCAACUACUUCAUUGACCUGUCGCUCGCCACCAAGAUCGACAAGAUUAACACAUUGCUUGCCAACUCGAGCCAGCAGUAA